AUGUUCAGCACCAAAACUCUUCUUCUUGCCCUUGGGCUUGCUGCUUCCUCAGAUGCUUUCUUCCGCAUGUCUUGCCCGGGACGAACUGUCAGAGAGCGACUUGAUCCCAUUGUCAACCCUGGAGCCGUUUCUGGCCAUGUCCACACAAUCUCAGGCGGAGCCGCCUUUAAAGCCUCCAUGACCUACGCAGACACCCGAGCUUCCAAGUGCUCGUCAUGCACGAUCAAGGAGGACAUGUCUAAUUAUUGGACGCCGCAGCUUUACGUCAAAUACAAGGACGGAUCCGGCUUUGCUCCUGUCCCGGUCAUGGGUGACCCAGACGACACCAACGGCGGCAUGACCGUCUACUACCUCCAGCGUCGAGGCAACAAUCAGACUGAGAAACUCCACGCUUUCCCGGAGGGCUUCCGCAUGGUCGCCGGUGACCCAUUCACUCGCAGCUACGACGGCAGUCUUGCCGCCCAGGGCAUCUCCUUCAACUGCCUUGGUGCGAACAAACCGGAAACUAACGGUUUCCCCGACUACCCAUGCCCAGGUGGACUGCGAGCCCAAGUCUACUUUCCUCAGUGCUGGGACGGCAAAACCCUUGACCCUUCCGAUCACAAGAGUCAUAUGAGCUACCCAGAGGGCAACGUAUACAACAGCGGCAACUGCCCCGCCUCGCAUCCUGUCCACAUGAUAUCGAUCUUCUUCGAGAUCUUCUACGACACUGCCCUGUUCGCGGACCAGUGGGUAGAUGGCAAGCAUCCGUUUGUCUUCGCUCAAGGAGAUGCAACUGGCUUUGGCCUCCACGGCGACUUCCUGAACGGAUGGGAUGUGAAGGUACUUCAGAACGCUGUCGACAACUGCAACGAUGCCGGGGGUGCCGUGGAAGACUGCCCAGCCGUAACCAUGUUCACCGACCGAGAGUGCAACGACUGCAAGAUCCCAGUAUCCGUCAACGAGAAGACUAGUGGAAAGCUUGCUGCACUCCCCGGCUGUAACCCCGUCACCUAUGGCCCGCAACGCGCUACACCAGGAAGUUGCCCAGACAGCACCACACCAUCAACAGACGGCGACUCUACCGAUCACGACGACUUGACCGCCAUCCAGGGCUGGGAGUACGUUGGCUGUGGCUCCGACAACGUGAGCGACCGCGCCAUGAACGGUUCAUGGACCUUCAAUGACUACAUGUCCAUUGAGAUCUGCGUCGACUACUGCAAUGCCCGCGGCUUCACCUACGCAGCGCCCGAGAACGGCAACGAAUGCUUUUGCAACAACAGCCUCAACCCCAAGUACGCACCCAAGGCCGGUAUCAUGGGCUCAUGCACCAAGUCUUGUGUCGGCAAUGUCAACCAGAUCUGUGGUGGUGCGAAUGCGAUGAGCAUCUAUCACAAGUGCACCGGCGGCACUUGCCAGAACAACAACGAUGGUGGUGCGGCGCCGGUGCAGAGCAAGGCCUCCGUGGCUGCUAGGUGGAUGCCCCUUUCUACUCUGGCUACGGUCGCAAAGGCUGCUGCUGCUACUCCGGUGGUUUUGUAUGGGUAG